AUGCCUUCUUACACAUCGAUUCACCUUGCCGAACGGCCACAAGACGCUGUUGUCGCCGGCAAGACCUUUACAUCAAAGCAGCAGGAAAUCCCAUCGGCGUCGUCCCUUAAAGAUGGUGAGGUCCUCUUCCAGACACUUUACCUAUCACUUGACCCAGCGAUGCGUGGCUGGCUGAACCCUACACGUUCUUAUAUCCCUCCCGUCGAGAUUGGCGCAGUGAUGCGCGGUAGCGGAAUUGGCCUCAUCGUCGCAAGCAAGAGCAAGAAGUUUCCGGUUGGCACUUAUGCGACUGGUAUGUGCGGGUGGUCUGAGUACUCCGUACUCAAUGAGAAACACGUCGAAUCACUGGAUCUGCCAGAAGGUGCUGUGCCAACUGACGCGCUAGGCGUGUUGGGCAUGACUGGUCUCACUGCCUACUUCGGUAUCCUUGAGAUUGGUCAGAUCAAAAAGGGAGACUUUGUGGUUGUCAGCGGCGCAGCUGGCGCUACUGGAACCGUCGUUGGCCAAAUCGCAAAGUUGAAGGGCGCAAAGGUUUUGGGUCUUGCUGGCGAGGACAGCAAGGUGUCGUGGCUGAAAGAGGAGCUUGGCUUCGACGAGGCACUGAACUAUAAAGACCCCCAAUUUGCGAAGAAGUUCAGAGAUGCCACCAAAGACUUGAUCGACGUCUACUUCGACAACGUAGGUGGAGAGAUUCUCGACCUCGCUCUCUCACGAGCCAAGCCUUUCGCGCGGUUCGUCAUGUGCGGUGCCAUUUCAGAGUAUAACAAGAAGAAGCCUCAGGGCCCAAAGAACUACAUGAUGAUCAUCUCCAUGCGCAUUCGUAUGCAAGGAUUCAUCGUUUUCGACUUCGCAGACAAGUACGCCGAAGCAAGGAAACAACUUGCUCAAUGGCUCUCAGAAGGCAAGCUCAAGCGGAAGGAGACAGUCAUCAAGGGAGGUAUCACUAAAGCGGAGGAUGCACUAGUUGGAUUAUUCGAGGGAAAGAACACUGGCAAAAUCAUGGUGCAGGUGGCGGACCCAGAAGCUGUCAGAGCAAAACUGUAG